ACAAACAGGACGGUCACAGGGGCGUUGGUGACAUUUUGGCGACUCUUGUCCUGCGUGGCUCCAUCAUGCUAAAGCCGUGUAUUGUUUACGCCACGGGGUUCUUUUCCUUCGUCUUCCUCGUCGUGGGCAUUUCACUGGCCUUGACCAACGUCUUUCCAGGUCUUGUGCAGUCAGAGGCGAAAAGGGAAGUGGUGUUGCGCAAUGGCACGGUGGCGUUCGACGCCUGGGAGAAUCCGCCGGCACCGAUCUACAUGCAGUUUUAUUUCUUCAAUCUGACCAACCCCCUGGAGGUGCUGGACGGGGACAGGCCUGCAGUGGUGGAGAUUGGACCGUACACGUACAGGGAGUACCGGCCUAUGGAGGAAGUGAGCUUCGACGCUAACGGCACCACCGUAGCGGCCGUCAACACGAAGACCUACAUAUUCCAGGCCAACAUGUCCCGAGGUCUGCAGACUGACCUGAUCCGGACCGUCAACAUCCCCGCCAUGACGGUGAUGGAGCGCUUCAAGGACCAUCCUUCCCUCGCCCGCCUGAUCUCGGACUUCAUGAGGGACAAGGAGGAGGGUCUGUUCACCACGAGGACCGUGGGACAGCUCCUGUGGGGCUACCUGGACCCGCUGCUCCAAGCUGUCCAUGUGUUCCAACCUGAUGUGGAUCCUGUUUUUGGACUCUUCUCCAAGAGCAACGCUUCCAGUGACGGUCGCUACGUCUUCUUCACCGGCCAGCAGAACUACAAGGACUUUGCCCGGGUGGACACGUGGAACAAUGAAAGCUCACUAAAGUGGUGGACGAGCGAGGAGUGCAACAUGAUCAACGGCACCAACGGGGCGUCCUUCCAUCCCGUCAUCACAAAGCAGGAAAGGCUCUACAUGUUCUCCUCGGACCUCUGCAGGUCUAUUUACGCCGUGUUUGAGGAGGACGUAGCGGUGAAAGGCAUCCCCGCGUAUCGCUUCUCCCCCCCCAGCCAGGUGUUCGCCAACCACACCGUCAACCCGGCCAACGCGGGCUUCUGUGUCCCCGCCUCCAACUGCCUGGGCUCAGGUGUGCUCAACGUGAGUCCGUGCAAGCAAGGGGCGCCCAUCAUCAUGUCCUCGCCACACUUCUACCAGGGAGACCCCAAGUUUGUCCAAGGCGUGUUUGGCAUGAAGCCCAACAAGGACGAUCACCAGACCCUCAUAGACGUCCACCCGCUUACUGGAACCAUCUUGCAAGCUGCAAAACGUCUCCAAAUCAAUGUCUACGUCCAGCAAAUACCCACAUUCACUCAGACGGGGAACGUGAGCACGGUGAUCUUUCCUGUCCUUCACCUGAAUGAGAGCGUCGUCAUCGACGACGUCUCCGUAAAGAAGGUGGCGGCCGCGGUCUUCCAGCAGAACUUGGUGCUAAACAUUCCCUUCAUGCUGAUCGGGGUCGCCAUCCUACUGGGCGGCGUCUUCAUGUUGCUCGUGUGUCGCCAAAAGAUCCCCGAGAGUACUGCAGCAGAACGGCAGCCGCUGCUUGCAUCCUAACAGCCCGAAUAGGAAGUGACGUGUGAACCUCGGCCGUGCUUCCUGCACUACUCAAGUAUUCAUCUGCACGUCGGAGCUCCAAGUACAAGUUUCUUAGUUUUUUUUAAAUACCCUCCCAGCUAUCUGGAAACUUUUUAGAAUGUGUGGACGAAUGUUCAUUUUUUAAACAUGUUCUACGUCGGGUUGGACUGAAGUAAGUAAGAGUAUUGCAGGCACUAACAACAUGAAGGGAAUUGAACACAUCUCCUAAACAACUGGUGUGUUUCUCAAUCCUGCUGACAACCACGCCCUUAAAGGGGACCUACUAUAUUGUUAUGAUUUUUAUACAAGGGCUUUGGAUUCUCCUACAUUUCCCACAAUGCUUUGCUGUUGGCCAUAUUACAAACCCCGUUUCCAUAUGAGUUGGGAAAUUGUGUUAGAUGUAAAUAUAAA